AUGAGGGAUAAAAGUUGUAGGAAGAGAACAAUUCCAGAUGAAGAUGCAAGCUAUUUCAAAUUCCCAAAUAAGCUUCAAAAGUAUUCUCGAUUCUUGAGCCGGAAGAUAUCCAGUACCAGCCCAAAAAAACAACCAAAAAACAACAAUACAGAAAGCGUCUUAUCGGUCGUACCGAGUAGUCACAGGGAAGACUUGACAAAACUAAAACGAAACGUCAGCAACGCUGUAGCAAACAAACAUACCCAAAAAUCACAAGAGAAUGUCAUCAAAGAAGAUACAGCGAAAUGCUUGACAAGAAGUAAUUUAAAAAAAUUACAAGAGAAAAUUUUUGAUAAAGAACUUAAUGAUAUUGUCUGUGAUCAUUGUCUUUGUAGUACCGAAAAUAGAAAAGAUAUCAAGUAUUCACGACUUUGGUUCCUUUUUGAAUUGGAAAUGAGUGAAAACUGGAAUGAAAAUCUCCGGCUUAGUUGCUAUAAUAAAUAUGUGUAUUCUGCUAUCGAUAAGACGUGGAUAAUGGAGAAUAUUUUAUUUAAGGAACAAGAAAAGAAUUAUGAGUAUUUUCCUAUAGGACAAUUACUGAUACCCAACAAUAUUGAAUAUUCCAAUAAACCGAAAAGACAAGAAAAAAUUGAGGAUUUAACGAUUGAAAUCGAUAGUAUUAUAGAGGCCAGCCACCAAAAGGAAAGAUUCUUACCCCAAAGUGUCCUGAUAAAAAGGGAGAAGGAAAUUGCAUUUAACGAUUUUCAGUUGGACGCCAGAAAGAUUCUAAACGAUUUGAGUGCCACUUCUGAAAAUCCGUUCAACUCUUCACCAAGUACAAAGAAAAUUGAAUCAGAGGGAAAAACUUUGGAAAUGGUUCCUAAAGAGAAGAAAAACAAAAAGAUCAUAGGUGCACUGGAAAGGAAGCUACAUAUAGAUCAAAAUUAUUGA